AUGGUGCUGACACUCGUGGGACUCGGCCUAAACGACGAGCGCGACGCCUCUCUCCGAGGUCUCGAGGCGAUUCGGGAGGGCGACAUUGUAUAUUUAGAGAAUUAUACAGCAACACUCAAUGUGAAUGCCGAACGACUGGAGCGUUUUUUUGAGAAGCCUGUCAUUCUUGCUGACAGAGACUUUGUAGAGAAGUAUUCUGAAGCAAUGGUUGAUGCAGCAAAAUCAAAACACGUUGUUUGUCUUGUCGUUGGAGACCCAUUUUGUGCGACGACCCACACUGACCUCUUCCUACGAGCACGGCAGAAAGGCGUGACAGUCAAGGUUGUUCAUAAUGCUUCCAUAAUGAACGCUGUGGCUACGUGCGGCCUACAGUUGUAUCGCUUUGGAGAAACAGUCUCAAUUCCCUUCUUCGAUGGCAACUGGAAACCCGUGAGCUUUUACGACAAAAUCAAGAAGAACAGGGCGAACAACAUGCACACUUUAUGCCUUCUUGAUAUCAAAGUCAAGGAACAAUCGAUCGAAAACAUGAUGAAAGGGAACAACAUAUUUGAACCUCCAAGGUUCAUGACUGUCAGUACAGCUAUCAAGCAGCUUAUUGAGGCUUCUGAGAUGCAGAACGGAGAAAAGAUUGGAGAUAUCCUGGCAUUUGGGUUAGCACGCAUUGGCGCUGAUGACCAGACAAUCGUCUCAGGGAGCCUUGAAGAACUUGCAGAAGCUGAACUUGGCGGUCCGCUUCAGAGUUUGGUAUUGUGCGCCCCUGAACUCCAUGAAAUAGAGAAAGAGUUUGUCGAGCUGUACCGACAUCCAAAUUCCGUUCGUUGUAUAGUUGUUACUGCAAACAACCCACGGAAAGGGUUGCCUCAUGCCACCGAGGGCAAGGUUCCUGGCCCCACUGAAUAG